GAGCUGGGCGUGGGCUCUGUACUCCUCAUCUCCUUUGCUCCGCUCUCACUGUGGAAGCACAUUGUUCUACGCGGGCUCAUCAUACUGAAAACCAGUGAUUCUUUUCCCUGCGUAUUACCUACUGAAAAAUAAAUCAGCUACUAAAUUGGCAAAUAAAGGAUAUUGGUAACCCGAAGAGACGUUUGGACAGAUCUCAGGAACAUUUUGUUUUUCCAUCUAACUGUGGCAACGGAAUUGAAAGAUUUCUUUCUUCCUCUGCGACUGACGAAACAUCGCUUUUGUCGGUAAUUAGACCCCUGCUCGUUCGUCGCGUUGUGGACGGCAGCGGCAAACAUGACGGAGUACAAGCUGGUGGUGGUGGGAGCUGGAGGCGUGGGCAAGAGUGCGCUCACCAUCCAGCUCAUCCAGAACCACUUUGUGGAUGAAUAUGACCCUACCAUAGAGGACUCCUACCGGAAGCAAGUGGUGAUCGACGGGGAGACAUGCUUGCUGGACAUCCUGGACACUGCAGGUCAGGAGGAGUACAGCGCCAUGAGGGAUCAGUAUAUGAGAACAGGAGAGGGCUUCCUCUGCGUCUUUGCCAUCAACAACACCAAUUCUUUUGAGGACAUUCUCCAGUACAGAGAACAGAUCAAGCGCGUGAAAGACUCUGAUGAUGUACCCAUGGUGCUUGUGGGAAACAAAUGUGACCUCCCAGCACGCACAGUGGACACAAGGCAAGCCCAGGAGCUUGCUCGCUCCUACGGGAUCCCUUACAUUGAGACCUCGGCUAAGACACGACAGGGAGUGGAGGAUGCCUUCUACACACUGGUGAGGGAAAUAAGGCAGCACAAGCUGAGGAAGCUGAACCCACCUGAUGAGAGCGGCCAGGACUGUAUGAGUUGCAGAUGUGUGGUAUCGUGAUGCAGCUCUCCAUUUACAUGUUGAGGAGAAAUGCUGCGGCAUAAAGUCGAGAAGUGACGGAUUAAACAACCUAAAGAUGACACAUGAACUUUAACUAAAGGAUGAUGACUGAAGUGAAAGCUCAUAAAGGAAACCAACACGGCUGACUGAACCAUAGACUCUUAUGAAAAAGAGGAUUUUUUUUUUGGACUGUUGCCCGAGUGGCUGGCUGAACUGGAUUGGUCCCAUCUCCUAAUUUCUUACCCCUUUUUUUGUUUUGUUUUGGUCUGCAUCGACCUGUGAGCAACACCACUAACGACUUGGAACAAGCUGUGUUGCUCCACGUUUCUCUUGCUAACUUAUUGUUUUCAGUCUCGACACUGGUUGUGAAGAGGGGGUGUUUCCUACUCCCUCCCUCUUGCCUUGAAACCUAAUCCCCCUCUCCCUACAGAGCCUCUGGAAGUACUGACUGACUUUCAUUUGGGAAAACAACUGGAAAGAACUUUUACUUUUUCUUGUC